AUGGGUCGUACAGAGCAAUUGAAGACUGUUUUUGCUUUGAUUUUUAUAAAUUUAUCACUUGCAAUAGUGAAUAUACUUUAUAAAAAGGUUAUUGAUGGAGGAACUAACCAUAUGGCUAUUGUAACAUAUCGACAGUUAAUUGCUGCUAUUUUCUUGGCUCCCAUUGCUUGCUACCGGGAACGGAAAAGCAGACCCAAGAUUACAUUUCAGAUCUUAUUCUAUAUUUUCCUUGGAGCUCUUCUCGGGAUAACAAUGGCUCAGUAUUUGUUCCUGUGGGGACUGGAGCUUACAUCUGCUUCAUUCGCCUGUGCAUUUCUCAAUAUGGUACCUGCAGACACCUUCAUAUUAGCUCUGAUAUUCGGUCUAGAGAAAGUGAACCUGAAAAGCAAGGCAGGAAGAACUAAGGUGUUGGGUGUACUAAUCUGCAUGAGCGGCGCUAUUUUGCUAACUCUUUAUAAAGGACUUCCACUAAAUCAUCCUCGUCCUCAUCCUCGUCCUCAAGACAUACAUAUUAAUUAUUUUGAUCUUAGGACACUGGAUAGAGAAAAACAUAACUGGAUUAUCGGUUCCUUGUUUUUGUUCGGAGGCUGUCUUUUGUGGUCGUCAUGGUUUCCUAUACAAGCUAAAAUUGGCGCUAUAUUUCCAUGUCAAUAUUCGAGCACCGCCAUUCUGUCAUCCUUCGCUGCAAUUCAAUCAGCUUGCGUGACGUUGAUUUUGGACCGGAACAUCUCUGUUUGGAUAUUCAAAGGAAAAUGGGAGAUUAUAACCAUUGUUUUUGCUGGUGUGGUCGGAUCAGGAUUGUGCUACGUAGGGAUGUCAUGGUGUGUCAAACAGCGGGGACCUGUAUUUACUGCGGCAUUUACCCCUUUCGCCCAGAUUUUUGCUGCCAUGUUAGAUUUUUCUUUCCUGCAUGGUCAAAUUUACAUUGGAAGUAUUAUUGGAUCUGUACUAGUUAUAAUUGGCCUUUACACUCUGCUUUGGGGUAAAUGCAUGGAGGCAGAGGAAUGUGUGGGGAAGCAGAAUGUAGCCAAGGGUGACGAAAAGGGUGACGUGGAAUUACAAUUAGAACCUGUAAAUAUCAAUUCUACGAGUUUAAAACAAUGA